CUAAUCGUUCCCUUCUCCGUCUACCUCCUCGUCCUCUUAUCCAUCAACCAGGCCAUCAUCAGCUAGCAGGCCACUCCCUACCUCUAGCUACCCCCUCAUCUUCAUCCUCGUCCCCAUCCUAAUCUCCUUGUUUCUUUCACUCCGACUUCGCUUGCGCUCCCAGACCUCACCGGUAUCCAACUCAACCCUCUAACUGCUGUGUCACCCCCGGUCCCAAUUCAUACUCCUCCUCCUCCUCCUCCUUCUCCUCUCUGACGGUCUCCUCGCCCUCUCUCCUCCUCAUUUUGAGCGUCCCGCUACAUACACGUUUCGUGGCUAAUCACCCUGCCCUCCAUCGUUCCCCAUCUCGCCCUCUCAAUUAGGUCGGCUCUGCAAUGUCAGAAGGAACAGGUAUCGUGCUAGAAUAUGCCCUUCGUGUGGCGUGCCUUCACGAGGAGAUUGAGCGACGACGACGCAUUGCGGUGUCUGCUCCUCCUUCUGAACUUGGUUCGGUCACUGCCAGCAGCAAAUCUCAGGAUUCUUCAUCAGGUUUCUCUCUGGAUUUGGGCUCCUUGUUGGGUCGUGACAGUGCCCGGUCGCCUCGCUACCCGGAGAAGUUCAUCAAGGUCUUGGACGGCUCCCUGCAGCGCAUCGCCAUGGGCCAAGAUCCCAAACACACCGACCAAAGGUUUCGCCGCUCGGUUGCUUUGUUUUGGUCUUCCAGCUGGGCCGAUAAGACAUUUCAGCGGCAGCUCAAGGAGUCGCGGAAAGUUGAAGACAUCAUCCUUGCUUUCGUCUCCGCCUCGACACGUGCAUUGAAGAAGGAGUUAGACCUCGUCGAUGGUGGCUGGAAGGUUGAGCUCAACUCGCAGAUCCUCGUUUUUCUCGACAUGCUGAGCGACAACCUCAAUUCGAUAGGUUCAGCAGCUGUCGAGCUUCGGAGUCGCCUCAGCACCUAUCGAACCCGCCUCCAAGAUGAUAAUAGGAGGAGCGUAGCUCCUGCCCCGUCAGCGCUCAAAGAGGAAGUCUCCGUCGCUGUGCCAUCCUCGGACUCCACUUUAUCUACACGGGUCGUCGCCGAGCUCUUCCAGCUGGACAGCGCUACACUUGCCGAGCGUCUCCAGGCAAUCCGUCCCAUCUGCACCGUCGAUGCAGCACUUGAGGAUCUCAAGAUCUUCUUACAACGUCUUAGCACCGAUCGCUCAACACCUUACGGCGCCAAGGACUUUCCAGACGAGAGUCAAUGGGCAGCUUAUCGCGGCAAGGAGAUUGCAGCACUCUCCGAUCUUACCUUCUCAAUGCUGAAGGCCGAUCCGCUUAUGGCCAACGAGCGCUCCGAUCAGGUCGAUCUUGUCCAGUCAGUCGAUGGUCUCAAGCUCGAUGACCGCAACUUUACCUUCGUUCCAUCAGACCCACGCGAGGUCUAUAGGCAACUUUUGCGAGAAUGCCUGGACUACGACCUCCAGGUUCUUCGCACUCUCCCAGAGGACCAGGAUGUCUCCUUGAGCAUCUUGUCUCCGGAGCACACGGCCCUUCUCGACGAGUGUGCCCUGCGUUGGAGGAUUCCGUCAUCAUUCCGGGCCUGGGUGUUCUUUGAGGCAAUCGAAGAUCACUACGAGCAAGGUGACGUUCCACCGGACUGUGUGUUUGAAGCCGUGGGAGGCAUUGGGCGAGUCUCACAAGAUUUUCCGGUAUCAGACUGGGCUGAGACGGACCAAGCUGGUUUGCAGGCAGCCCUCCUUCGCCGAGAUCUAUUCUUUCUCAACGACAUCGAUAUCUCGCUCAACACUCCCACCGGCUACAUGUCUCCUGAGUUUCGACAAGCAGUUGAUCACUGGGGCAAUCUCGGAGCUGACCAGAAUGAGCACCCGGCCUUCCUGCGGACACAGCGAGCUAUUUGCGAUCGCCUACGCCAACAAGCAUAUGCCAGGUACAUCGAGGAGGCCAGUGAGAAAUACGCCCAGGAGGGAGGCAAGAACAAGCGCUUUGCUGCGGCUCUCGCAGCUUGGAUCGAGUCCAGCGCCAAACGCCUCAAUAAAUGGUUCCCUGAUCCCCUCCUCCCUCAAAUCGACGUCGUCUCCUUGGUACUUCAUCAGCAACUCUCACUGUGGGUGCGAGAUCUCGAGGAGGCCAUGGCUUCCCCCAAUGAUUCACUCUUGGGGCCGAGUGAUGACUUCGAGGAGUCGCUCGCCAUGUAUCAUCGUGCCCAGAAACUCCAAAGUAUGGGUGUUGCGUUUGGAAUGGACCCAUCACAGUUCGCGUUAUCCUCCAUCUUCGAACCAGUCAUUUCUGCUUGGCUUGACGAGACGGCAGUAAAAAUGCGGCAAUGGGCCGACAAUGCCCUUCGAAUUGAUGAUUUUUCCCCUCUCACCGCGAACGGGCAUUCGUCCUCUGUGACUGACUUGUUUGCCUCCUUCCAGAGCGCAAUGUCCUUUCUUCUCGAUUUGGAGUGGGAUGAUCCUGAGCAGAUGGCUGCAUUCGCCACCCGCCUUGCAAAGAUCAUCAGCCUCUCCAUCGACGACUAUUGCACAAAGCUUGAACGGUUGUUCAGCGCGGAAAUGAAUCAGACAGAGAGUCAUCAGUCCACGGCGAAGCAAAAGGCGUGGAUUGAGAAGGCGCGCAGCACCAUUGCUCAUCUUCAAGGCGACCGAAAAAUUCAGGCCUUCUUCAACUUUACCCCCGCAUCGUGUGUCAAGCUGAAUAACAUUGACGCCGCUCGCCAUGAGCUGGAUCAACUUUAUCGAGAGAUGCGUGUUGACGAGUAUGCGUCUCUGGACGUGAAUAAGCCUGUCGUUGCUACAGUUCAAGAAGCCUCGCUGUUCACGAUCAAGAUCGUCCUCGGGGAGGACCUAGUGGUCGAGGGGUCAUCUCGAGCGCCCGACGCUUUCGUUGUGUUGUCCGAUGAGCACGGCAACCGGUAUGCCAAGACACGCACAAUCUAUGAUGACCACGACCCGCGCUGGGACGAGACAUUUGACGUAGCUGUGCGGCGACCUGCAUGGUUCAUGGUCACCGUUCGACAUCGCAAUCUCGCAGGCAAACACGAUCUUAUUGGACGGGCAUACCUACAGCUUGACCCCUCACAAUACGUCGAUCUCAUUAGCAAGGACGUCCUACUGCCAUUGUCCACAAAGGGUCAUGUUCUUCUUCGGGUUAGCAUGGAAGGCGAGCGGGACGACAUCCAGUUCCACUUUGGCCGUGCAUUCCGGUGGUUGAAGCGCACGGAGUCCGACAUGGUCCGGCUCUUCGUUGACAAAAUGACUCCCGUUCUUCGUCACACCUUAUCGCGAAGCGCCAUCAAAUCAGUGCUCAAGCCCAGUGUGGGAGGCAUUGACUACAAUGAUGCGCUUCGUUUCUCAAAUGAUGCUCUCGGGCGCAUCUCCGCUGCUUAUCGAAGUGCUGUAGGCACAGGUCAAGACAAAUAUUCUAUCCCGCUUCCUCCUUCGGAGCAGGCGAAGGGAAGCCCUCAACACAUCAGGCGAGGACCCUCCGACGCAGAAAUUGAGGCGGCGAUUCACCCACUGUUCGAUUACCUUGACACGAACAAUCACACUUUGGCGUCUACUCUGUCCCCAGACGCCAUGCAUAUGGUCAUGGCCAAGCUCUGGAAGCAAAUUCUCAUGACCAUCGAGGCACUCAUUGUGCCGCCUCUGAGCGACAAGCCGAGCAGUAUGCCACCCUUGUCCGAAAGCGAGUUGGAUGUCGCUCUGCGCUGGCUAAAGUUCCUGCGCGACUUCUUUUACGCAGGGGGCGACGACAGCGGGGUGCCUCUAUCGACUCUCCAGAAUGCCAAGUUUAACGAGAUCAUGAGCGUGCCGAUAUAUUACGAUUGGAGUACGGAUGACCUCAUGGAGGAAUGCAUCCGCGGCUUCCAAAGUACACUCAAGAGCAAGGCGAUGAAACCCAGUAAAUCCAUUAUCGGUCAGCGGAACCUGGGUACCAUUCGAGCUCGUAAGACCGCUAAGCGAUCCGCGCCGCAAGCCAGCAACCAUACCGAGUUGAUCAUGAAGAUUCUGCGGAUGAGGGAAGGGACACAUGAGUUUCUUGCACAACAAAUCCAGACUCUAAACGCCGUCAAGCUGGAGGACACAGGCCGUGCGAAGAACAAGAGUCGGCGUGGGGUGGGAUUGCGGGGAUAGGCG